AUGUCCGAACGUUUGUCUCUUUCAACCCGUUCACCAGAGGACGAACUCAUCUUCGAAAAAUCUGUGAGAAUUAAGCAGUGGGUGAAGAAGCGUAUGAAGGAGGCAAAGCAGCCAGGUGGGAAGAGGCCCGAUGGCUCGCGCGGACCAGCCGUCACUCUGCCACCAGACAUUGCACAACUUUCCGUCAUUACACUAGAAGAUCAGAACGAACGCCUCCGUCUGCAGAACCUGCGAUGCACGACUCAGCUUCAGAUGCUGAGGAGCUUCACUGAGAAGAGCAAGCAGCUGAAGGCUGAGAUGGCGAUGAGCAGAAGCAUUACGGUUCGUUUCACUCUCUUCUCCAUCGCUUCUAUCAUACGAUCAAACGAUCACAACAUUUCAGCAGUAACCAGUCUAAUGGUUCAGUUUUUACAACGAUAG